AUGCAGUGUUUCCUCGCGCUUGUCGCGCUUUCGCUCAUUUCGUGGGCCGCGGCCGCCCCGCAUCCUGUUCGAACCGACCCCGACUUUUCCCAGCUCCAGUGGUUUGCGCGCCUCGCGUCGCUCGCCUAUUGUGUGCGCCCGUGGCACGAACAAACGUUUAUGAAUACAACCCACUGUCCCGCCGAAGCAUGUUCAGAUUCAGCAUUUGACACGCUCCAAGUGAACCAUGUGUUUGAUUUUCUGGGUUUCCUUGAAGUCGGGCUGGGCUUUAUUGCCGUUGACCACCAGGAACAGACUCUCUUUUUGGUGUAUAAGGGGACUGGGUCUGCGCGCGACUGGGUGAAAAACCUCAAUGCGUUUCCUGUGCGAUACGAGCCUGUUGUGCACUCUAACCCAAACUUUUCGCCUGCGCUUGGCUUUGAUUGUGAAGGGUGCUAUAUCCACAAAGGCUUUGGCACUUUCACUCGAACAAACGGAGCCACUAUUCUUAAGAAGGUUCAAGAAUGUAUUUCCGACUAUCCCGAUUAUCGAUUGGUGGUAGCAGGCCAUUCGCUAGGAGGAGCCAUGGCUCUUAUGUCUGCCAUUGAGCUCCGACUUUUGGGCCACGACGUUUUGGCGGUGACUUUGGGCGCACCGCGCGUGGGGAACAGCAAGUUCGCCCUGUUUGCAGACAAGUUGUUCGACACUCGCGCGGCCGCCGCGCACAUUGACCAGAACCGCUCGUUUACCGCCCUCCGCACCGCGCUAGUGAGAAUGGUUCACCGCCACGACGUGGUUCCAAUGCUCCCGCCUGGUUACAAGCACUCUGGCUACGAAUAUUUCUUGGGCGAAGCUGGCGUCAACCAGACUCGGGAGCUGGUGACGCGUGGUGGACUUGACUAUAACACCGAGGCAAAGUAUGAUUUUGGCCGCCGUUUUCCAACCGAGUAUAGCACCACUGACCAUGUGGGCUACUUUUAUCGUGUCUCGACAUGCAAGAGCAGUUAG